AUGAAUAUUUUUGAUAAUCAAAAUAAUUUACUAAAUGUACUCGAACAUAAAAUUGAUCAAUUUUUUAAUAGAAGGCGAGAAGAUGGAGGUUUUUAUAUGACACAUAUGACUGAAUUAUCUCAACGUGAUGUUGCCAAUCAGUCAUUUCGUUAUCAAUAUUAUAAAAUGUUUAAAAAUAUAUUAACAAAUAUGUUAGAUAUAUAUGAUGAACAAGCAAAAUCAGAUAUGAUUAUAACAUGUAGAAAAUAUUACGAAAGUUUAUCAAACAUUCCAGGUAUGCUCUAAUAAGAUUAUUUAGUGUUUGACUUUCGGCUUGUCAACGUAACGCGAUACUUCGCUGAUUAAGUUUUUAAAAAAACUUUCCAUUGUGAAAGUGAUUCAAGCACAGUAGCAGACGCAGUUUUUCACGCUGAUGACGAAUCUCGUGUUCUUUUAAAACAAAAUUUUG